AUGUCCGCUUCAGCAAUUUUGACGGCUCAGCCGCGGGAUGUUGCCUCAGCACUCGCCAGUGCUGGCGAGUACGCCUCAGAGAAGGUUGUUGUUAAGUUCAAGCCCGUGGGAAACGCUCCCGCUCUCGCUAUGGCCGUAGCCAAGAUAUCCUCCACUCAAACCUUCUCCACCGUCAUCUGGUACCUUCGCAAGCGAUUGAAGCUCCGAGACGCUGAGAAUAUCUUUUGUUACGUCAAUGACUCCUUUGCGCCCUCUCUCGACGAGAUCGUCGGCAAUCUACACAAUUGUUUCAAGGACUCAACAGGCCAGCUUGUGAUUUCAUACGCUAUGAACCCAGCCUUUGGCUGA